ACGUGAUUGUGUUCCGGAAGUAGCCUGUACAGAAAUUGUUUUCUAAAGUCUAGAAAUCUUUAAUCCUACAGCCGUAUCCACCCUGCACUAUGAGCGAGGGACAUUACCUAGAACUAUGUGAGAACCCGGUCCAAUUUGAAAAUGCCUCUAGCGUCAAUAAUGUGUUCUUCGACGAAGCUAAUAAACAGGUGUUUGCAGUCCGGUCAGGCGGGGCUACAGGAGUGGUGGUCAAAGGACCAGAUGAUAAGAGCUCUGUAGCGUUCAGAAUGGACGACAAAGGGGAGGUGAAAUGCAUCAAGUUUUCUAUUGGGAAUAAGAUCCUUGCGGUCCAAAGAACACCUAAAUCUGUGGAUUUUAUUAACUUUGUUCCAGAUUUCCCCCAUCUGGAGUUCUCUCAGGAAUGCAAGACUAAGAAUGCCAGUGUGCUGGGCUUCUGCUGGACCAACUGGAACGAGAUUGUCUUCAUCACAGACCAGGGGAUAGAGUUCUACCAGGUGUUCCCAGACAAGCGCAAUGUGAAGCUGCUGAAGAGUCAGAGCAUCACUGUGAACUGGUACAUCUACUGUCCUGAGACGGCUGUGCUGCUGCUGUCCACCACCGUGCAGGGAAAUGUCCUGCAGCCCUUCGCCUUCAAGAGUGGAACCAUGUCUAAGAUGAACAAGUUUGAGAUUGAACUGCCGGUGGUGCCCAAGCCAGCCAAGCUGAGCCUGUCAGAAAGGGACAUUGCCGUGGCAACCAUUUAUGGCCAGCUGUAUGUGAUGUACUUGAAGCACCACUCCAGAACAGUAAACAGCCCCAGUGCUGAGGUUGUUCUCUACCACCUACCAAGGGAGGGUUCCUGUAAGAAGACCAAUGUGCUGAAGCUGAACACCACAGGGAAGUUUGCCCUGAACGUGGUUGACAACCUAGUGGUGGUUCAUCACCAGAGCUCCCAGACCUCCAGUGUUUUCGACAUAAAGAUGAGGGAGGCUGACUGUCCUCCCAGCGUCCACCAGCCUGUCCUGCCAGCCCGGUCCAUCCACCCCUACAGAAUCCCCCUCACAGGGCCUGCUGCUGUGCCCACCCAGCCUCCUGUGCCAUGUGAACUCUACUCCUCCUCCUGGAGUGUGUUCCAGCCUGACAUCAUCAUCAGUGCCAGUGAAGGCUACCUGUGGUACAUACAGGUGAAGCUGCCCCCAGCAGUCAACCUCCUUCAGGACAAGGGCAAACUCAUGGACUUCCUGCUCCGACGUCGAGACUGCAAGAUGGUAAUCCUGUCUGUCUGCUCUCAGAUGCUUGUGGGGGGGGAUAAGGGCAGUGUACAAGUGGUGGCCACAGUGUUUGAUAAACUCAACCAAGUUUACAAAGAGUAUCUGGAAGCAGAGCAGUCCUAUACUGUGGCAAUGGAGUCCGGCCCUAGUCGAGGCAGUGCUGCUCACAAACGGCCAGUUCGGACCCAGGCAGUCAUCGACCAAUCAGACAUGUACACCCAUGUCCUCUCCUCCUUCACUGAGAGAAAGGAAGUGUGUCAUAAGUUUAUCAUCGCAGUGCUGAUGGAGUACAUCCGCUCGCUCAACCACUUCCACAUCACUGUACAGCACUACCUGUAUGAGCUGGUGAUCAAGACGCUGGUCCAGCACAACCUGCUGUACAUGCUGCACCAGCUGCUGCAGUACCACGUCCUCAGCGACUCCAAACCCCUGGCCUGUCUGUUGCUGUCACUGGAGAGUACCUACCCCCCCGCUCACCAGCUGUCCCUGGACAUGCUGAAGCGUCUGUCGACGGCUAACGAUGAGAUAGUGGAGGUUCUGCUCUCCAAGCAGCAGGUUCUGGGUGCGCUGAGGUUCAUCCGAAGCGUUGGUGGCCAUGACAACAUCUCUGCCAGGAAGUUUCUGGAUGCGGCGCGGCAGACGGAUGACGGCAUGCUCUUCUACACCAUCUUCAGGUUCUUCGAACAGAGGAAUCUUCGCCUGCGCGGCAGCCCCAACUUUAACCCAGGGGAACACUGUGAGGAACAUGUCAGCUUCUUCAAGCAGAUGUUUGGAGAGCAAGCGCUCAUGAAGCCAGCCACCGUCUGACAUGCAUCACAUGUACCAACACAUUAUGUCAGAUGUACUUAGUCACGCCCACUCUGACCCUGUCAGUAGGACUGUCUCAAAAUAGGUGCAUUCGACUUCAUGCAACACCAACGUCGCCUGCAGUCGCCUACAGCCCGGCUGACUUGAAGCAGCCAAUGGCAAUCUCAGCUUCAUGGCAGCCGGCUGCAGCCGGAUGUCGGCGCCAGCAAUGCUGCAUGAAGUCAAACACAUCUAAUGACAUCACUGUGACAUCACUGUAGGAUCCAUAGUCUGUAAAGUAUAUGAAGAACCAUUUUCACUAAUAUUAACUUAAGGUACUGUACAUAAUGUUACAAACAAUGUAUGAACAAUUUUAAGUCUAAUAAUAUUACUGGUGUGGCCCAUGUGUAAAUAUGUGGAAACCCAAUGACUUUUGUUGCCAUAUUGGUCAACUUGAUCAAAUGUAUGAAUUGGUAUGAGAAACAAUUUGUGUGUGUGUGUGCGCACUUGCAAUGGUGAGGCUGAAUGAGAAAGACAUUUCUAUGGACUUAAGAGCAGAACCGUCCUGUAAACCUCUAAAAAGAUGUGUGGAUGAUGUAGGUAAUACGUAAUUAUGAAUAAAACUGGUGGAUAAGUACA